GUGCAGCGCUGGAGGAGAUCAUGGAGAAGCUCCCGGAGGAGUUCAACAUGGCCGAGCUGCUUGGGAAGGCGGAGGAGAGGACUCCCUACCAGGUGGUGGCGCUGCAGGAGUGUGAGCGCAUGAACCUCCUCACCGAGGAGAUCAGACGCUCACUCCGCGAGCUCAGUCUGGGACUCAAGGGAGAGUUAACCAUGACCAGUGACAUGGAGAACCUUCAGAAUGCUGUUUUCCUGGACAUGGUGCCAGACAACUGGACCAAGCGGGCUUACCCUUCCAUGUCUGGCCUGGCCCUGUGGUUCACUGAUCUGCUGGCCAGGAUCAAGGAGCUGGAAGCCUGGUCAACAGACUUCACCUUACCCUCUGCAGUGUGGCUGGCUGGUUUCUUCAACCCGCAAUCCUUCCUCACAGCCAUCAUGCAGGCUAUGGCUCGAAGGAACGAGUGGCCUCUGGAUCGCAUGUGUCUGCAGUGUGACGUCACCAAGAAGAACCGUGAGGACUUCAGUUUACCGCCUCGUGAAGGGGCCUACAUACACGGGCUGUACAUGGAGGGUGCACGCUGGGACACACAGACCGGCAUGAUUGUAGAUGCCCGCCUGAAAGAGCUCACCCCGACCAUCCCAGUCAUCUUCAUCAGGGCCAUUCCUGUGGACAAGCAGGAGAACAGGAAUGUGUACCAAUGUCCUGUCUAUAAGACCCGCCAGAGGGGACCCACCUACGUAUGGACCUUCAACCUGAAGACCAAAGAAAAUCCCUCUAAGUGGACUUUAGCUGGAGUGGCUUUGCUUCUACAGAUCUAGCAGGAGUUCAAGUGAUGUAUUAUAAAAGUGAUGGUGCCAACAGGAUAAAGGGUCAGAUUCAAUUUGUACCAAAUAUUUUAAAGCCAGACAAUGUAACUUUUGAAAGAAGAAAUAAUGCAGUCUUCCUAUUAGUAAUGAAAAGUUGAGUUAUGCGAAAUAACUGUCCAGCAAUAGACUUCCACCAUCUUUGUUCAGAGUGUCUGUCUACAUAAAUGUCACAUAAAUCAAAGCGGGCACAGCUCAGUACCACUGUAGUACAAAUAUCAUUUUCAGUAGUCAAUUUCUGCUGAAGUACAUUCAGUUCUGAAGAAGUCUCUUGGAUGAGGGAUGGAACGUCUUUGAGUAUUUUCAACCAAGUCCACUUGCCCUUGACUUUAACCUUCCUUGGAUAACUAUGACCUGGAUGAGUGAGAACCUUCACAGACAUUGCUGUACUCAGCCACUGUGAUAUGUAAUAGCAGUCAGCUGGAACUAAACAUGCUAGCUGAUUUGCUCGCUAGAAGUAUUGCUACCGCCAGUUGUAGGUUGUGGUGGUCCCUGGAAGGUCUACCGAUUCCAACCACUCUCAGUUAGGUCGCCUAAUGAUCGUGUUUAUACCACCUGACUCGAGAGAAUCUUAGGAAAAUGAAGGGAAAUGCAAUGUGCCAUUAUUACUACAUUACAUAGUCUUCCUUUAAAGCCAGGCUGGGCAAAAUCUGGUAAAACUACAUCUCUGCAUUAUAAAAGAUCUGAUCUGAUCUCCUCAGAUAUUGAAGAUUUUCUCUGUUUACCAAAAUGAAUUUCUGGUGUCCAGUGGCAGGAAAUCUCUCGCCACUCAACCACAGGAAGUGCCAUCUCACAUCGCAAGAGUAAAAUCCAAAUAGUCUCAGAAACAGAAAGAACCAGCAUAAGAUCUUUUGCUUCUCUCCCUGGGUAGGUACUGACUGGGUGCUGCUGUUUCAGAAUUAGUUUUUUUUGUCAUUCAAGGAUCCCAAUAUGUGAAGUGCGUUUAAAUGCAGCUUUCUGAGCCUUCGAGUUGAAGACUGUUAAAAUCACCCAUGAUAAGUUUGUAGACUUUCUUUGAACUACUGUUUCUAAGUUAUUAAAAUGCUAAUUAUCUGUAUGUGUUUGAGGAGACAUUCUCGGAAUAUCAUGUAUCUGUGAAUCACUUUAUGAUGAGGUGUUACAAAGCUGUAAUUGGAUGGGGAAUAUCUUAGAAUAAAUUUAACUAUUUGUACACACUUUAGCUGAAUCAAACUACCUACACUAUGUACGCAUUUUAUAUAACACAUCAAGUAUGCAAAUCAUUUUAAAUUGAUUUUCACUUUCUUCCAGAAAACUUCCA